GAGAUGGAGUACGACUACGACAUCUUCACCAUCGGUGGUGGCUCCGGCGGCGUUCGCGCGUCUCGCAUGUCCUCCCAAGCGGGCGCCAAGGUCGGCCUCGUCGAGCUUCCCUACUCCCCCAUCUCCUCCGCCACCACCGGCGGCCUCGGCGGCACCUGCGUGAUCCGCGGCUGCGUCCCGAAGAAGCUCCUCGUGUACGGCUCCGCGUUCGAGUCCGAGUUCCGCGAUGCCGUCGGCUUCGGCUGGGAUCACGGCGACAAGAUGCCCGAGUUCUCCUGGGAGAGGCUCAUCGCUGCCAAGAACGGCGAGAUUGAGCGACUCAACGGCAUCUACGGCAGACUGCUCGACGGCGCCGGCGUGGAGAAGUACGAGGGCGCCGGUCGCGUCACCGGCCCCAACAGCGUGGAGAUCACCGACGUCGACGGCAACAAGAAGACGAUCACCGCCAAGACCAUCCUGCUCGCGCCCGGGGGCAGGGCGUGGAAGCCCGACAUUCCCGGAGCCGACCUCGGCAUCACCUCCGACGAGGCUCUCGCGUUUGAGCACCAGCCCAAGCGCGUCGUCGUCAUCGGCGGCGGGUACAUCGCCGUGGAGUUUGCCGGUAUCUUCCAGGGCCUCGGAUCGGAGGUGAACAUCGUGUACCGCGCGGACCUUCCCCUGCGGGGUUUCGACCAGGAGGUUCGCGAGACGGUUGCGACAAACCUCGCGGCGAGGGGCACUUCGGUUCACGCGGGCGCCAACCCUACGUCCGUCGCCAAGAACGACGACGGAUCCCUCACCCUCACGCUGGACAACGGGACGAAGAUCGAGACGGACUGCGUGAUGUGGGCCACCGGCCGCGUCCCAAACACCGACCGCCCGGACCUCGGCCUGAAGGAGGUUGGCGUCGAGCUCGACUCUAAGGGCGCCGUCGUCGUGGACGAGUACUCCAAGACCACCGUGCCGUCGAUCUACGCCGUGGGCGACGUGACCAACCGGGUUAACCUCACCCCCGUGGCGCUGAUGGAGGGCAUGGCGUUCAAGGACACCGUGGUGCUGGGCAAGCCCACCAAGCCCGACUACGAAAACAUCCCAUCCGCGGUUUUCUGCCAGCCCCCCGUGGCCACCGUGGGCAUGACCGAGGAGGAGGCCGUGGCGAAGGGCAUGACCUGCGACAUCUACACGAGCACGUUCACCCCGAUGAAGAUAUCCCUCGCGGGCAGGGUUGAGAAGGCGUUCAUGAAGCUCAUCGUGGACACCGCCACGGAUAAGGUUGUCGGCGCGCACAUGGUUGGACCCGAUUCCGCGGAGAUCAUGCAGGGCAUCGGCAUCGCGCUCAAGUGCGGCGCGACGAAGAAACAGUUCGACUCCACGGUGGGUAUUCACCCCUCGUCCGCGGAGGAGUUCGUCACGAUGCGAACCCUGACCCGCACCGUGGGGCCCAAGGUCGCGGAGAAGGAGGCGGUUGGCGCGAAGAUGUGAGUUGGUCCGCCCAGAAAACUUCACCAGAAAAUAGGUGACUUGAUAAAAAACUACAACGACUAA